CAAUGUUGUUCAGAGCUGCAAACAUGCGAACUUGGCGAGUACAACAGACCUGAAGGACCGACGUUCCAGCGAUCUCGGACGCAACAUUCCCAAAUACAGUGGUCGUCGUGGUCGCCGCCUCCCUCACACCUUUCAUAGCCCUGCGGAAAAACCGCUUCGGGUUCAGCAUGUCUUUGACACUGUUUGUGGGAACCAUGUCGGGCCGGGUAAUGCUUUUCGAAUUGCGGUAGAGCGUGACCAGCGCCGACACGGCAAACUUUUGGUCUGCGAUACGCUCCGCGUAGCUACGCUCAUGGAAUUUCCCUGGAGGGCGCAACGUUGCAGGCCAUGACGGAUGUGGGAAAAAAUGAACGCGCCUGCGAUCCAUUGGAUAGAGAAUUUUUCAAAGAGCAGAAUUCCGGCACACAAAAAGAAUGCGAAAAACAGCUUUUGGCCUAGUUGGAUGAUUUGCACAGAUUUGGCAGAUGCAUUGGCGUUCUGCAUCGAGUCGAUCAAUGGUUGAUACGAUACGAAGAUGGCCAAAGUCCACAAAAAUGUGGCGACAUAUCGGUGCAGGGCUUGCAACCAGUCGAGGUACCUUCGGGUACCCACAGCGAUGAUUCCCACGGUCUUGCGGAUGACAAUAGCGAACAUGUCCCAGGAGCCCGUAGUACGGUCGCUGCUUGCAGCACGCUCCAUAUCGUAUCCCGAUGGACGACGAGAAGACGCGGGGAUGUUGUACAUCCUCGCCGACUUCUCGGCGUCUCCCUCUAACAUCAGUGCAGUCGCCGAACUUACGCUGCCCUCCCUGAUUUCGACGCCUUUUCGCUGCCCAUGGUCGUUCUGGUACGUCCUCGCCGAUUUCUCGCUGCCUCCCUCUGAUUUCGCCGCAGUCGCCGAACUUUCGCUGCCAUCCCCUGAUUUCGACGCCGUCAGCGAAUCUGCGCUGCCCCCAACUGUUUUCUCGCCGAACUUUCGCCGCCCUCCCCUGAUUUCGACGCACCCAGCGAAUCUUCGCUGCCCCCGGCUGUUUUCGCACGUUCUCGCCGGUAUUUCGCUGCCUCCCUCUGGUCUUAACACAGUCACCGAGCUUUCGCUGCUCUCCUCUGGCUCCGACUCCAUCAGCGAGUCUUCGCUGCCCUCCCACGAAUUGGACACUGUCACCGAAUCCUCGCUACCCUCGCCGAAAUCCCGCUGCGUUAGGAUGUCCGUAUCUUCGGCGGCUUCUCUCGCCCAAUAACUGCUGCAAUGGGUUUCACUGCAAUUUCGCUGUGCCUUCCGCUGCUUUCCCAUUGACGUUUUACUGCGUUCAAGUUCACUUCGUUCGACGGGAUUUAGAUAAUAACUAAGCUACCGAGCCAUAUUCCUGAUACGCAACCGAUUCCAAAUACAUAAGAAAACCCGUGUGUACAAGAUAGCCCGACUUUGAG